AUGUACGACAGCGACGGCAUAGAUAAAGACUGGGCUCGCAAGUACAUCUUGGACCCUCUAACUGCUCCUGAGCCCAGCGAAGAAACUGGCCUUGGAUCCUCUCACUACAACCCGCACCGCAUCUCGCUGCAGGCUCUACCAUCUCACACCCGCCAGCGACCAGCAAGCCCAGCUUCAAGCUCAAGCUCAUUUUCAGAUCUUGGCGAUAGAACUGCAGCCUCGUAUCCUACACCUCCUUCUACAGGCAACCCCGAGCACAAAUUCAGCCAAAGAAAACGGCUGCCGCCUCCACCCUCAGCGAAUCACACGGCUCAACACAGCGUCGACAGCCACUGCCGUCCAAUGAUGCGGACUCCUAACGCAGCCAGCCCGGAAAGCAAUUUCCAUCCGACAAAUCCGUUUGUUUCUUCUCCGCAGUCAUCUAAUGGCAAGGUUCUCGGGAAGCAGGCCUCCAUGAACCCGCAUAACCGCAGUAACUCGGAAUUAGGCCACCAUAGCCAGCCUGGAGCUCACAAACACAGUCAUCGCCGUCCUCGCACUCAGUCUCUUGGCGAGCGCUUCCCCGGAGACAUGUCGCAUCGUCCUCUGGAUAUUAUUAUUAAUGAUACCCGCGCUGCUGACCGUCAACGUCGUCACCGGCCUCGCGUUUCUGAAACCGACGUCAUCGAUGCUCUCGACACAGUCGGCGGCAUGUAUCACCACGGCGGGCCAUAUGAUGCCACCCUCCGGAGCCGAAACCUUGAUCCCAGAACCUCGCCGGUUGCUGCGGUGCAGGAGUCAAACAUGGAGGCCCUGCGAGCUACGCCUCGGGAAUACGUCAUGGACAGCCUCCGGCAUCACGUUCCUCUCCAGGGUACUUCAACCAUACCUUCUGGAGAAUAUGACUAUCGCGGGUCUCGAAUGAGCUAUGAAGAAGGCGCUGAUCUCAUGAGGGAACCAGAUGCUCCUGGUGGCCCGUACAAGCGCUAUGCGGACACUAAAUAUCAUCCGGACGAUCUCAAAGGAAAAGGAGAGCCGUCCUACUCGCUUGAGCGGGCGCUAAAGGAGAAGAAGCGUGCCAAGAACGGAGAGCCCGAUGAGAUUGAGAUGCAGACCGGCUUGCGCAGUCGCAACCCUCAUUCUAAAUCCAAGCAUCAGCGUAGCAUGACUGUUGCGCUGCGUGGAAGCUCUUCGGCCACUGGCAAUGCUUACAAUGACUCCGAGCUUGAGCGUCGCAACUCGACUGGCAAAAAAAUAAGUGACAGUCUGAAGCGACGAUGGGGCAGCAUUCGCGGUAGGAAGUGA